AUGUUGUGUACCUUGAACGCAUUGAAAAAAUCAUUAUUGCCAACCACCUUUAAUGAACAUUUUCAUUUUGGACAUGCCAAUGCUCUUCGUCAGGCUAAAUCACUCGGUGAUCAACUUAUCGUUGGAAAUCACUCUGACAAAGAAAUCACUAAACAUAAAGGACCACCAGUUUUACAUGAACAAGAGCGUUAUCGGCUGAUCAGAGCUAUGAAAAGGGUCGAUGAAGUAGUAGAAGAUGCACCAUACUUUACCUAUGUAAAAACGUUAGAAAAAUAUUCUUGUGAAUUUUGUGUACAUGGAGAUGAUCUGGUGGUAUCCAAUGAUGGAUCAGAUCCUUAUGCAGAAGUUAAAGCAACUAAUCGAUACAAAGAAGUUAAACGAACUGAGGGUAUAUCUACUACAGCUUUAGUGUCAAGAAUGUUAAAACGUAUACAACAGUUACAAGAUCAAGCUAAUGAUGUGACAGAUUCAAUUAAUGUUUCAAUUUUGGCUACUGGUGGUAUGACGUAUAUGCCGAAUAUUUUACGUAUAAGUCAAAUUUGUUCUGGUCAAUUUCGUGAACCUAAUAGUAAUGACCAUGUGGUAUAUGUACCGGGUACAUUUGACCUAUUCCACAUUGGUCAUUUAUCAUUCCUGGAACAGUGUUUAAAACUUGGCAAUUAUCUGUUGGUUGGAUUAUACUCGGAUAAAACGUCAUCAUUUGAAAGUGGUCGAAUGGGCUCCAUUCGCACACUUCAAGAACGACUGUUAUCUGUACUGGCCUGUCGAUACGUGAGCAAUGUAAUUAUUGAUGCACCGUAUGUAAUACCUCCCAAUCUUUUGGAUCAUUUCAAUGUAAAUUAUGUUGCAAUAGGUUAG